AUCGAAAAAUCUCCGUCAGCUUUGCGCCAAACACAUGACACUCGUGCUCAUUCACCGACCUCAACUAAGAUGGACUUGAGGUGCAAUUGACACCCUAAACUUUUAAUGAGAACUUUUCGGAAAGUGAGCUCGUCGAGAUAGAAAGUCGUUUAUUCACCCUCAAGACAGUGAAGUGAAGUGUGCCAUUGAAAUUUGUUCCCAUCGAUAAAGACACGCUCCAAUCAACUUUGCCAUGUUGGGUACACAUUGACCUGUUCUUAAGACAGUUCAAGAAUGGGCGAUAUUUUACCCGCGGACUUGGUGAUUCUCUAUCAGGACGCCUUCUUCCACUUCGAUACCGAUCGUGAUGGCGUGAUUUGCACCAAACAACUCGGUCCUUUGCUCCGAUAUUGCGGGGAAAACCCUAGUGAAGCCGACAUUCAGGAUAUGAUGAAUGAAGUGGAUUCUGAUGCGUCUAACAACUUGAUUUUCCCCGCUUUCCUGACCCUCAUGGCCAAACGAUAUUCCGAUAGUAACGCUGAAGAUGAAAUCAGAGAGGCAUUCCGAGUUUUCGAUAGCGAUGGCAAUGGGUUCAUUAACCGCUCUGAACUCCGAGCAGUCAUGAUGAAUCUGGGCGAGAAACUUUCGGAGGAUGAGAUCG